AUGAACAAGACUGAAUUGCAGUUCUACAUUGCUUUCGCGUUCACUAUCGCUAACUGCACCGUGUUGCUCUUUACUUUGUUCGUGGGACUUGCGGCGAACAUCUUCGUCAUCUGGGCGGUGGUCCAUCAGAAGUCGCUUCAGACGUCCAACAACGCGCUCCUCGUGAACCUCGCGGUCAUCGAUCUCCUCCGGUGCGCGGUUGAUUGCCCUUUGCUUCUGUUGAUUGCAUUUCGGGGAUACGGAAUCGGUGACCUUGGCGCCCUGCUCUGUGAUGCGCAAAUGCUGACCUUUUCCUUCAGCUGCUGUGUGCAGCUGCUCACCCUGGCCUGCAUCAGUGCAGAGCGAUACCAAGCCAUAGCGAACCCAUUUCAAACGAAGCAGCGCCGAAGACGGAUCAUGGUGUGGAUCCCGCUCACUUGGGCGGUAGCGAUACUCCUCUCGGUUCUCUGUUUAAUAAGUGCAAAAGAUGCACCUGUCUUUGUGAAAUGUACAGGAAUACGCAUUGAUGCUCUGCCAACUUAUGACACUUUUGGACGGUAUAUUUUAGUUCCAGUCUGGUCCGGGUGUUUGGCGGUCAUUAUUGCAUUCUACAGUCGGAUAUUUUUCAUAGUUCGAACGCACAACAGGAAAAUAUUUGACAAAGGAGUUUUUCCUCCCCCUAAGCAAAACAAUGAUGGUGUUGCGAAUGAUGGAAAAGAGACAGCAAACGAAAAAAACAGAAUGGAAGAACACGUCUCAAAGAAAGCAAACCACGACCAAGAAGAGUCGCAAAAAGAUGAUUCCUUACUCAUUGCGCUGCCAGCAGAAACCAGACCACCUGCGGCUACAGAGACUGAGAAGUUGCCGUUGGCUCACGACGGAGCGCAAGUUGGAGCUCUUAAUUCUUCCGCUCCUGCGAGUAUACUCGUUACCACCACCAGACACCCCUCCACAGGCAGAGUGAUAACCAAAAUGGAGAGUCAGCCUGCAGUAAUAGUUAGUCCGAAAAAAGAAACGUCAGUGGUUUCCUGUGAGGUUCCUGCGGAUGUCCCCCCAGCCACGAAACCGCCUGUGUUGGUAGACCUUGAGGGUAGUAAAGCGGACUACGCUCCGGACUCUCAACCUGUUGAUAACGUCACGGCAGAAGUUGUACCUUUACCUGCCGGGGGAUCGCACACCACAGACGCACACGCUAACCCACCAGCUGCUACGGGUGACCACGGGGAGGUGGCUGGCGCGGUCUGCAUGAUGCCGUCCUUCGCAAACCGGGAGAGAGCGAGCAAAAACAAGGAGGGCAAACUGGCCAAGCGCUCCGGUUACAUUAUACUCACCUUUCUACUGUUCUGGACUCCGCUCGUCCUGUCGGUGCUCGUCAACUUCGUGAACAGACACAACAAUCCAGCUAUGGAGAUUGCUUGGGAGGUUGAAAUCCUGUCAGUUUCCGUGGCCUGUAUGACUUCUGCCACGAACCCUAUUACAUAUGCUGUGGUAAAUCCACAAUUUCGAACUGAAUUUCAAAACCUAAGGGCGAAAUGCUACUUCAAAAUGUUUUGUUCAAAACCUUAAAUAAGCACCUGCUUAUGUUUAUUAAAAUCACUGGGCACUUAAGUGCAACUACAUAAAAGCUACAUACUCAAGGAAUAACAGCAACAUUAAGCUUUCACAAUACUUGCACACAUAGAAAGUUGUCCAUGAUACAUUACACUUUCAUACCUGUCAUAAUCAUGUUUUGCUGAAAUGUCACAUCAACACCCUGCCAACAGCAUCACAUGACACAUGACAGCUGUUGACUGAAAGGUGUAGUGUGUCUGUAGGCAGGGUUUGAUGUGACAUUCAUUUCUACAUAACAGUUUAUAUAACAAUGUAUCCUGUAUCAUCUUCAGUUGCAUAUUUGCAAUCAUGAUUGCUACUA